GAAGCGGCCUUUGUCUCCUUUCGGGGGAAGUUGCCGGCGUGCCCUCUGCCAAAUUCCCCUUAUACCGUGUCCCCACCCCGAAGCUGAACAGCUCUUUUUGUGGCGAUGAAGCUGCUGACACAAAUCUGACCGCAGUGUUUUUACCGACUUCUUUACUCAUCACUCAAUACUUGCAAAAGUUCUGCGAUACAUUCUUUUCUUAGACCCGCCUCGUUUGUAGCAGUGCUGACUACAGAGCUUACCUAAUAACGGGCUGAGCUGUCGCAGCAUUUCACCACAAGUUUCUAUAUAUACUUACUGAUUUUCUACCCCCUUGCAUCAUGGUUCUCGAUCGGGAUGGCCGUCGUUGGCAUCUUCAUGGGGCUCAGAACCCUUCCACGCAGAACCUCGUGGCCGGUGUUGGCGUCGGCUUCUCCGCUGGCGUCUUUGUUUCGCUGAACCUUCUUGGCGCAGGAGGUGGCAGGCCUGAGUCUGCUCAUGUCAUCCAAACCGCUAAUGCGAUUCUGUCUUCGGUUUGGUUCCUCUCAGCCUGCGUGGGGGGGACAUACCUCAACUUCUUCGGUCCUGCCAUUACCAUGAGUUUUGGCAUCUGCACUUAUAUCCUGUACGUCGGAUCGCUGUGGUAUUACGAGGCCUAUGGGCGAGAGUCUUUCCCAUUGGCAGCUGGCGCUAUUAUCGGGGUCGGGGCGGGUGCAGUCUGGAUUACUUCCGGCUAUAUUCAAGUCGCCUAUUCGGAUGACAGCAACAAGGGCAAGUUCAUCGCCAUACAGAACACCAUCCAAGCAACCAGUUCCAUUCUCUGUAGCAUUUUGCCCGUCAUCCUCAACCGGAACAACGACAAACGGGCUGGAGUUCCUGCUGCAAUUUACAUCACAUUCAUUAUAGUCAUGGGUUGCGCCGCGCUUCUGGCCCUGUUGACUCUCCGUCGCCUCAAGGACCUGGAAUCUGCCGAGAACUCCACGACUACGCAUCACGAAAAACAUAGUACAGCCACCGAGUUCAAAGCAAAUCUUUCGAUCGUUCGAGACUGGCAGUUACUAAUGAUGCUGCCGGCCUUCCUCCCAGCUGGCUCCUUUUUAAUUUACCUCGGGUCGGUCAACGCAUUCCAGAACAACCUGCGAGUUCGAUCGCUCGUUUCAUUCGUAGCACUCAUCGUUCAAAUUCCCUUCGGACACCUACUUCAUUUCUUUCUUGAUCACCCAGGUUGGUCAAAACGAAAGCGUGGGCUUAUUGGUUUGGCUUUCGUCGGCGUACCUCUUUGCGCAGCCUGGAUGUGGGAGAUUAUUCGGACCAGAGGCUUUGAUCGAAGCAACCCACCAUCGAACCCCUUGGAUUGGAAUGAUUCCGACUUCGGCCCAGUAAUGGUUCUCUUUGUGCUAAAUUGGACUUUUUCCAUCUUGUGGCAGUACCUGGUGCCGUGGUUGAUAGGGGCCCUGACCAUGUCACCAGACAAGUUAAGCCACUACAUGGGUGCUCAACGCGGCUUUCUGGCUGCUGGUGAGGCCGUCUGCUUUGGUGUUGACUCCAUCAAGAUACCCUACGUUACAUUUGCAAGUGCUAUAUUCGAUUUCUACCUUGUGGGCAUUUUCGCCCUUGCUUAUUUGUGCAUUUACUACGUUACUGAGAAGAAUGACAGCCUGGAAAACGAACAUGAUAUGGCUGUUUCGAAAAUAGAAUCGGUGAAUGGAAAGGGUACGAAUUGCAAGGAAAAGGCAGAGGUGCAGGCUCCAAUUAUAACCACAAGCCAAAAGCCUGUGUGAGCCAUGACACUGUGACAUGUAGCUGGAAUGUUAUAGCCCGGUUUUUGUUGUGGUCACAAAGCUAUGUCGGGCAGGCGUGGACAAAUUUUGUUUCUCAAAUUUCACAUGCAAUGACUGUUUCGUCGAGUCCUUUCUAUUAGGUGCACGCAUGAUUUCUUCUCAGUCCUCAAUUAUUCUGAGUACAGAUUUUAGUUCCCACC